AUGGCUGAAAAGCUGGGCGUAGUAUCUCUGGUGAUCUGUACAUCAAGCCGCUCACCCCCAGCCCCUCACCACCAGCCGCUCACCACCAGCCCCUCACCACCAGCACCUCACCCCCAGCCCCUCACCACCAGCCCCUCACCACCAGCCGCUCACCACCAGCACCUCACCCCCAGCACCUCACCCCCAGCCGCUCACCCCCAGCCCCUCACCACCAGCCGCUCACCCCCAGCCCCUCACCACCAGCCGCUCACCCCCAGCCCCUCACCCCCAGCCCCUCACCACCAGCCCCUCACCCCCAGCCCCUCACCCCCAGCCGCUCACCCCCAGCCGCUCACCCCCAGCCCCUCACCCCCAGCCCCUCACCCCCAGCACCUCACCCCCAGCCGCUCACCCCCAGCCCCUCACCACCAGCCGCUCACCCCCAGCCCCUCAUCCCCAGCCGCUCACCCCCAGCCCCUCACCCCCAGCCCCUCACCCCCAGCCGCUCACCCCCAGCCGCUCACCCCCAGCCCCUCACCCCCAGCCCCUCACCCCCAGCCCCUCACCCCCAGCCGCUCACCCCCAGCCGCUCACCCCCAGAGACUUACAGGGUUUGUAACUCAGUCCUGCUCCCUGACUAGACACCCGAGAGCGCAGCAGUCCCCCUAG